GAAAUGCAUUGACUGAAGGAGAGACAGGAACUGAGAGAGAGAAGUACACAGACACAAUCGAAGACAAAUUGCAAAGGACAAAAUCUCACCAACCAUCAAGGAAUGGCCACAAGUAGUUUUGGUCUCAUAGGGAUUCUACUCUUUUGGAUCCUGAAUUUCCAGGUGACACAAGCCACUGUCAAGAAGCAGAGUAUGACACAAUUACUGGACAAACUUUUGGAAGGCUACGACAAACGACUCCGGCCCGACUUUGGUCAAGGCCCCUUGAUAAUAAAAGCUGACAUCUUGAUUAGAUCCAUGGGUCCUGUAUCAGAACGAGACAUGAUUUAUUCAAUGGAUUGCUACUUCCGCCAACUCUGGACCGACGAACGGCUGGCAUUCAAUGUUUCUCUGGCUAAUGUCUCUUUGAACAUCAAAAUGCUGGAAAGAAUUUGGUCACCCGAUACCAUCGUCUACAAUGGACAGGAGUCUUUCCUUCACGAAAUCACCAUGCCCAACAAAUUCUUUCGCAUCAACAAAGAUGGCACCAUUCUUUACUCACAAAGACUGACCAUCAAAGCAAGAUGUCUGAUGCAACUUCAGAAAUUCCCAAUGGAUUUGCAGCAAUGCCCACUCCAUCUCAUCAGUUUUGGUUACACGGAAAAUGAAGUUCUCUACAAAUGGAGAUUUGGUGCCGAGAGAGCUGUCGAUGUAAACGCUGGAAUGACGUUGUCCCAAUUUGACCUCACGGACAUGCCUGCUUGGAAUGGAACGACCGUCUUCAGAGAAGCUCUCCAUUCCAUGCUGAGUGUCAACUUCCAUCUGAAGCGUCACAUGGGAUUCUUCCUGCUCCAAGUCUACGUGCCCUGUACCCUGCUGGUGGUGGUGUCAUGGGUGUCGUUCUGGAUCCACAGGGAGGCCACAUCCGACAGGAUAGCCCUGGGAACAACCACAGUGCUUUCAAUGACGUUUCUAGGUCUGGACAAUCGUACUUACCUCCCCAAGGUUUCCUAUUCCACUGCGCUUGAUGUUUAUGUUGCUAUGUGUUACGUAUUUGUGUUAGCAACACUCAUACAGUUUGCAGCCGUGCACUAUUUCACCAAGUACGACAGUGGGGAAGAAAAUAUACAACAGGACCCCACAGACACUGAGGAGAGCGAAGAAGAGAAAAUGGUCAUCUCAGAGGUAUUGAUUCAAAGAACUCAACUAAAGAAGAAGAAGAAAUCCAAACUGUCUUUCUGUUCUUGGAACUGGUACCUGAGGAUGUUCUGGUACUGUUUAUCGGGUACCAGAAACUUCCACAUCAAAACCUUCGGCAACAAGUACCACGCCCUGAACAGUGUCAGCCAAAUAGAUAUUGUGUCACGGCGCCUCUUCCCAUUGGUGUUUCUCAUACUCAGUGUUUCGUACUGGGUGUGUUAUCUCUACUGAAUAUUAUUAGCACAGCUCAGUGGCUGGCUGGCUGGCUGGUUGGUCGGAGGGUAUUAUGUCUUUUAAUUUAUUAUCUGAUUUUGGGAAGAUGGAUAUGUUUUCAAUAUUUAUUUUUUUCCUUUGUUCAUUUUCAUUUUUUUUUUUUUGGUUCCUUAAGAAAUUAUCUUCUUUUGAUAUUAAUUUAUUUUCAUUGUUUGGGUUCAAGAUUCGUUCAAAUCAACUCGGCUUUUCAUCCUAUGGGGUUGACAAAAUAAAGAACCAGUCAGGUUUAUAAUGGCAAAAACCUUCUACACAACAUCCAGGGCCUUGUACUUAAAUUGCAAACCAUUAUUUUGGUGUUAUUGUUGUUAUUAUUAUUAUUGUUGUUGUUAUUAUUAUUAUUAUUCUUUUCUACUCUAGACACAAGGCCAGAAAUUUUUGGAGAGGUGGGGCCAGUCGAUUAGAAGAUUAACUGGUACUUAAUUUAUCGACCCCGAAAGGAUGAAAGGCAAAGACAACCUCGGCGGAAUUUGAACUCAGAACGUAAAGACAGACGAAACACCGCUAAGCAUUUCUCCCAACCUGCUAACGAGUCUGCCAGCUCGCUGCCUAAUUACAAUUACCGUUAUUAAAGGUGACGAGCUGGCAGGAUUGUUAGCAUUCUGAGUUCAAAUUUCAUUGAGGUCAACUUUGCCUUUUAUCCUUUCAGGGACAAUGAAAUAAGUACCAGUUAUGUACUGGGGUCAAUGUAAUCGACUAUGCCCCUCCCACAAAUUUCAGGCCUUCUGCCCGUAGUAGGAAGGAUUAUCAUUAUUAUUAUUAUUAUUAUUAUUAUUAUUGUCACCAUCAUCAUCAGCAUUAUAUCUGCAAUGCCAAAAACGAAUAAUUUCAUGUUUUCUGAAAGGUUUAUAAGAUUCUUAUGAUGUGGGUAAUAUUAAUUAUUAUUAUUAUUAUUAUUAUUAUUUUAUAUUAACCAAAAUGAAGUAGAUUGACAAAUUUAUUUUUUGACCUGUUGAAGACACACAAAACGUCGAAAUAUCGUUCACUAGAUAACAAUGGCACUCUUCUUUUAAUUUUGACUCUACAUCUUCAGGAGGAGUUACCUCAAUCCUUUCUAUAUUAUUAUUAUUAUUAUCAUUAUUAUUAUUAACAUCAUCUUCAUCAUCAUUACUAUAACAAUAAUUAUCAUCAUCAUCGUUUAACGUCCGCUUUCCAUGGUAGCAUGGGUUGGACGUCAUUAUUAUUACCAUUACUACAACUAUUAUUAUCAUUAUUAUUAUUAUUAUUAUUAUUUUAAUUUCGUUAAUGUCAUUAUCAUCAUCAGCACCAUCACAAUCGCCAUUAUAUUAUGCAAUCAAUAUGAUCACCAUUCUAUGCAAUCUAUGAAUAAAACAGCGGAACAUAGUCUAUAUUUUCUCUUUAUGUGUUGACAUGUCUUUGUGUGUGUGUGUGGAGGGGUGUCUGUGUGGGUGUGUGGGUGUGAAUGUAUGUUCUUGUUUGGCCCUGGAUCAAUUUUCAUCAAGCAGACAUAGGGAUCAAAAGGCAUUUAGAGAAGCAAGUCUCAUCUCUUUGUAUGUGUGUGUAUAUGUUAUAUAUUAUAUAUGGAGUGGCUGUGUGGUAAGUAGCUUGCUUACCAACCACAUGGUUCCGGGUUCAGUCCCACUGCGUGGCACCUUGGGCAAGUGUCUUCUACUAUAGCCUUGGGCCGACCAAAGCCUUGUGAGUGGAUUUGGUAGACGGAAACUGAAAGAAGCCCGUCGAAUAUAUGUAUAUAUAUAUAUAUAUGUAUGUGUGUGUGUAUGUUUGUGUGUCUGUGU